GGCAGGAGACGUCGACGAAGGUAAACGCGGAAGUGAAGAAAGACUCCGGUAGAGACCUGAGAAAAAAAACGUUAAAUCAGAGAUUUACAAGCUGCGGAACGAACAACAGUAACAGUUUCACCAUGGGACUGUGUGACGGCCUGUCCCACUGUAAACUGGCUCUGGCCUUCGCCGUGCUGAUGGAUUUACUGGGUGGAGCCGCUCUGCUGAUUGGAGUCUUCGCCCGCCUGGAAAUCAAAGGACAGGACUUUGGAGACUUACUGGUCUAUACUGGAGCCCUGUUUGUGCUGAUGUCUCUGGCCGGAUGGGUGCUGUGGUACAGUGGGAACAUCGAGGGCCUGACAUCCAAGAAGGAGCUGGGACACAUCAGCAGCGCCGUCGACCGACUCGCUCGCAACCUCAGCCGCAAGAUCCGCACCUACAGGAGCCACCACUGAGCCCCGAGGAGGACGUCAUGAAUACCUUUCAUUUCAUUUCCUUUCACCUGUGUUUGUCAGUAUUAACAUGAGGAACAGACACUGAAUCAAACUGUGCUACAAAAAAACUCGAGUGUUACAAGCAAGUCAGAAACAUUUCAGCUGUAGAUGUGUUGUUCUGUUACAGUUAAUGUUUUAUUACGGGUAUUAUUCUUAUUUUUUUUAGUGUUUGAAUGUGACUCGUUGAAUACAGCAGUGGUGCCUUAAUGGAUUUCAAUAAAAACCUUUUUAUACGUCA